AUGUCCAAGUACGCCGACCCCGACUACUGGGAGGAGCGCUACCGCAGCAACGACACCACGUACGACUGGUACGUCACCUUCGACAACCUUGAGCCCCACCUGCGCCCGCUGCUGCAGCCGCCAGAGCAGAUCCGCGUGCUGGUGGUUGGCUGCGGCAACAGCCGCCUCUCGGUGGGCCUCUACGACGAGCUGAACAUCCGUAAAAUCACCAACGUCGAUGUCUCGCCCACUGUCAUUGCCCAGAUGGAGCGGCGGUGCAAGGCGAAGAGCGAGAUGCAGUGGGUCUGCUGCGACCUCGUCAACACGUCGCCGGAGAAGCUGCUCUCGCUGCUCUGCCCGAACGACUACCUCUUCGACUUUAUCAUUGACAAGGGCCUUACCGACGCUGUCCUCGGCGGGCACAACUCCUUUCACAACGUCUACACCCUGAUGAAGAACCUCUCGCGGCUGCUGAAGAAGGGCGGGCGCUUCCUCUCCGUGUCGUACGGGGCGCCGGAGACCCGCAUAGACCACUUCCGCCGCCGCAAGCUCUACUUUGACGUCGAGCACAAACCCAUUGAGAAGCCGAUGUUCAACUCCACGGCGCGGCCCACCGGGCACUACCAUCUCUACAUCAUGACAAAACUGGGGGAGAAGCAGGUGGCGGCGGCAGUGGGGGACGUGGGGGCCGGCCUCGACGGCACCACCGCCAGCGCCGACUCCGACGACGACGAGGACGAGUUUUACGAUCGCUUCAUGAUGCAGACUUCGUCACCCGCGCUGGUGGCGGACCCCAGCCGCAUCCGCACGCUGUAG